UCUGCAAGUGUUUUCUGAUUUCAAACUAAAAAGAAAAUGGAAAUAAAAUAGCGAACAACGAUUCUAAUUUCAAAUAAAGCAAGUGUCGGACUUUGAGUAUUGUCGCGAACGUUCGUCGGUGCUCGGCCGUGUUUACAAGCAUUCGGGAGUGUUCGGGUUCGUUCGUGCUCGGAGAGAGGGCACUGGCUAGUUGCGCGUGAGAAUAAGAUGGAAGAGAAUGCUGGCAGGCUGCACGAGUACAGGACAUCACUACCAGUUGCCCAGUUCAGCCGCGGCGACUUCUCGCUCUGGUCUGUGUUGAAGAACUGCGUGGGCAAGGAGCUCUCCAAGAUCACGAUGCCGGUGGUGUUCAACGAGCCCCUGUCCUUCCUCCAGAGGAUGCUUGAGUACCUGGAGUACGCGCACCUGCUGCGCAUGGCCGCUGAACAGACUGACCCAGUCGCGCGCAUGGAGUAUAUUGCUGCGUUCGCAGUAAGCGCACUCGCAUCUAAUUGGGAGCGGCUCGGGAAGCCAUUCAAUCCGCUACUGGGGGAGACAUUCGAACUCGAGCGACCUGAGUUCAGGGCUGUUUGUGAACAGGUAUCUCACCACCCACCGGUAUCGGCUUUCCACGCUGACAGUCCUCACUUCGUGUUCCACGGCUCGGUGCAUCCUAAACUCAAGUUCUGCGGCAAGAGUGUCGAGAUCCAGCCCAAAGGACAUGUCACUGUCGAGCUGCCCAGGUGGGGAGAAGCCUACACCUGGAGCAACGUGAACUGCUGCGUUCACAACGUCAUCGUGGGCAAGCUCUGGAUCGAGCAGUACGGGGCUAUGGAGGUGACCUGCCACGGCGGCGCGGGGUUGAAAGCCAACCUCGCCUUCAAGCCAGCUGGAUUUAACAACCGAGACCUGCACAGAGUGGACGGGUUCAUCGUUGACGCCAAUAAGAAACGCCUGCGCUACCUGUACGGCAAGUGGACCCAGUGUAUCAAGUGCUGCAGCGCGGCGCAGUACGACCAGUGGGCCAAGGAACAAGGCCAGGAGACCAGCUCGCAGACACCCUCGCAUACCCCCAAGAAAGUCCUCGCCAAGCUGAACAGCUUCAAAGUUGGCGCACUACGGUCUAUGUCGAUACAGGAUUCCGAAGAACCAGAUACAUCGGAAGACGUACCAAAGCCGGACGAAGCCUUCAACAUAGAGAUCCCAGGAUCAGUCACCUUGUGGGAAGCGAGACCCAGACCCCCUAACAGUGCUCAGUAUUACCAGUUUACGGAAUUUGCCAUGUCCCUGAACGAGUUAGAACAAGAUAUGAAGGGUCAGUUGUGUCCAACUGACAGCCGACUGCGGCCUGACGUCAGGUUGUUGGAGCAGGGAGACAUCGAUGGAGCUGCUGUGGAGAAGUCUCGGCUGGAGGAUAAGCAGCGGACGGCUAGGAAGGUGCUCAAGAAGUCUUCGGAGCCGUGGCAGCCUAGGUGGUUCAGCCAGGGUACCAACCCGUACACCAAACAAGAAGACUGGCUGUACAAUGGUGGAUAUUGGGAUCGCAACUACCAACAUCUCAAGGACGUCGACAUAUUUUAAUUACUUAAAGAAAGAAGGAAAAAAACAUUUAUUAGUCUUGGACAUCACAGACAAAGACAGACUAGCUUCAAGCAAAAAUAACUAUCUUUCUCAUGUAGGAUUGAUUGAAAGUACUUACCUCUAUUCUCUUAGUAGUUACGAUGUAAAGAUGGACAAGUACUAAGUAGAAGUUUUAAAAAGGAAAUAUACAUAUAAUAUAUUAUAAAGUGUAAAAUAGACGACGAAUGAGUGGUUAUCAAAAUCAAUUUGAGUGGAUGACUGUUAUAAUUUACAAUCGAAAGAUACAAAUACUUAUUUAUAUUUAUUUUAUCAAAGAUCCGUAAAUAUAAAUAAAAAUAAAAAAUUAUUAAAGACAUCAAACUAUCUCCGCUAAAAGUCGGGAUAAGUAACCAUAACUGUGAAAUAAAAAUUAGGAUACUUAUAGUUUUAGUAUUUUGGUAGGAUUUUAGAUUAAGAUUUUCUGACAGCUUUAACAGAAUUAUUUUGAAAUAUAUCGCGUUUGGCUCAAUUACAUGCUAUUAAUUGCAUCGGAUGCAGACUUGAGUGUUUCUUGAAAAGUAUGUUGUAAUCGUGUAGAAAAUUCAUAAAGAUUUUUAAGUAGGUAGGUUUGUGUAACAGUCAACGUAAAACCUCAUAAUAUCGCGGUGCGUUACACGUUUGUUGUGAACGCUUUCUACGUCGCUCCCUAUG